AUGAGAAGAAUCGACGAUAUAUGGACUAAAAGAACGCUAGAUUGGAUCACAAGAGAGGCUACAUGUCCUCGAGGGAGGCCGACGACGAGACAGGGUGAUGUGUUCGCUGCACCGAUGGAUCAGCAGAGGGGUCAGCUGGAUACGGCCGAAGGACCUCGCCAAUGCCGCUCACGAAACUUGAGGACAUCAUGGAUGACAAUGACGAGGAAACGGAACGAAUGGAAAAGACGAUGUGACCGGCACGUCCAAUGA